ACACCCCAACGCAAUGUCCUACAUUCCUCCACUAACUAGGCAUAAGAAGAGAUCAGUUUCUGUGAGAGGAACGACUCCACCUUCUCAAAAACUCUCAGGAACAUUGAUUGACAACGAGAUUCACAUCACAGAUCCAGUUUCAAUCGAAUAUCUUAGCAGCAAUGGUUGCUUUGGGAACAAUACUUAUCUUGAUAUUGGAGUGGAUCCUUCUGUUGUGACAUUCUCUGCUCCAAAAAGAAUCUGCUCAGAGCAAGAUGAUAUGAGCCAUACACACGAUAGUGCUCGUUUUGAUGAUACACAAAAAACACCGUCGCUCAAAUUAUCACUGGUGGAGGUACUCUAUUUAAUGCACACCUUCCUGAUUGAAGUCACAUCAUUAGAGUGUGAAAAGGUAUCAUUUGAAGAACUCUGGAAGAACUCCGAGGCUACUCAUAACACUGGGUUUCUUGCACGUUACAUAGCUUAUUACCAUUUAAGGAAAAGUGGGUGGGUACCAAGAUGUGGGCUCAAAUUUGGCGCCCAUUUUUUGCUUUACAAAAAAAGUCCAGCCCAUUCGCAUUCUACUUAUGCUGUUCUUGUCAUGGAAGUACCAAAAUGUGGUAAAGGCGGUAAAGAUGGAUUGUCGUGGCAGGAGGUGAUGUCUGUUGUUAGAGUGAAUGAGAGUGCUGGAAAGGAAGUCAUAUUGUGCUAUGUAACAUUAGGUGCUGGAGUGAUGGAGAGAAGAGAGAUUGAACAGGAGAAGAGAAAAGAGAAGGGGGAGUUUGAGAGAGAGACAGAGGAAGGGAGAGGGAACAAGGGAGAGGUUGGAGGGGAAGAAAAAUCAGGAGAAGAAGAGAAAAGUUGUGAAGAGACAAAGACAGGAUCAAUACUCAGAGAGAUGAGCUUAAACUCAUUAACAGCACUAACUGACGCAUCAACUGUUGAAUUUAUUCCAGUUAAGAGAACUGUUCCCCAUAAAAUACAGAGACAACAGUUAUGACAGCCUAUAUCAACAAUCAAGCUGAAUUGUUUAAACAAUAAUUACGUAUUUUUUGUUAUUCAAUUGUAGGACCAUUUCCCAUGGAAUUUAAAUUAUUUAAAAAUUGCAAAGAUUUCACCUUGUAUGUAUGAACUACUACUUUUUGUAUGAAAGACAUGUCACAACUAUUUUUCUGACUUUACCAUAAAUGGAUUGUAUGUCCAUUCAUGCUAUUCUGACACCACAACUCUUAAAAA